AGAGAAAUACAGCGACUAGUCUGACCAGCUUCUCUGAUAUUAGCCUCUUUAUAUGCUAUGAUUCUGUGAGCUUUGAUUUUUUUAUUUAUUUAUAUGUGGCAAAUGUGGACGAAUAGGAAGACAUUGUGCUUAGCUGUGCACGGAGCUGAUGAUAUUCUCGCAACGGAUUGACAACUAACGUUAAUAGAUUCAUUCUAAGUGUCCCAGAUCCGCAUACCAUGAGCAGCUCUCGCUAUGAACCCAGCUGGGACGUGGACCUGGCGCCCCUUCUGUCCUGUAAACUGUGCCUGGGAGAGUUUCCCCUGGAACAGAUGACCACCAUCUCCCAGUGCCAGUGCAUAUUUUGCAGUCUGUGUUUGAAGCAAUAUGUUGAACUCCUCAUUAAAGAGGGCCUUGAAACUGCUAUUAGCUGUCCAGACUCUGCCUGCCCAAAACAGGGACAUUUGCUGGAAAACGAGAUUGAGUUUAUGGUGGCUAGCGAAGUCAUGCAACGUUAUAAGAGACUCCAGUUUGAGCGAGAGGUGCUUCUGGAUCCUUGUCGGACCUGGUGCCCAUCGUCCUCCUGUCAAGCUGUGUGCCAGCUGAAUGAAUCAGAGGUGCAGCUCCCACAGCCGGUGCAGUGCCCUCAGUGCAGUCUGCGUUUCUGCUCCGCCUGCAGGGCAGACUGCCACAGCGGCCAGGCGUGUCAGGAGAGCCUGCCAAUUACCACCUUUCUGCUUGGGGAAAACGGCUCUAACCUCAAGAGUGAGGAGGACGAGGCUCCAAUCAAACGCUGUCCUAAAUGUAAAGUUUACAUUGAGAGAGAUGAAGGCUGUGCCCAGAUGAUGUGUAAGAACUGCAAGCAUGCCUUCUGUUGGUACUGCCUGGAGUCAUUAGACGAUGACUUUUUACUGAUCCACUAUGAUAAAGGACCCUGCCGGAAUAAACUGGGUCAUUCCAGAGCCUCCGUCAUCUGGCAUCGGACACAGGUUGUUGGGAUUUUUGCUGGCUUCGGUCUGCUGUUACUAGUGGCCUCCCCUUUCCUUUUGCUGGCCACUCCUUUCGUGCUUUGCUGCAAGUGCAAGUGUAAACGUGGCGACGACGACCCUCUUCCCACCUAGCACCGAUUCAGCUUCAGGAGGUGAUUUUCCACUCAUUUGACAGAGGAUCGACUAUGAUCCUGUUUCGUUCUCCUGAGCACACUUUGCAGGUGCAUUGGUAAAACACUCAUCUGUUCAUGAGACUGCUCUUCUGAAUAUGUUGACUUGCAUUGAAAGGUGUUACGGAGGAGCAGAGAAGCUGAUUGGAUGAGCCAUUGGAGUUCAACAGAUGUGUAGUGUUUGGAAGCAAACACUUUUGUUCUGUCCUUUUGUUACACAUCGUCUUGUAUCUUUUCUCAGCAUCACUGUUUCUACACUUUAUGUGGUAUUAAGGUUAACUAAGCUAUUUUUGAUCUUGUUUAUCCUGACAUAUUACAAACACUUGACAGGAAAACAUUUCUUAGCAGUGCUUUCAUAAUUUUCUUGUAGCAUGUUCACAUAACCUCAAUAUCUCAGCCAGUUUGUUUCAGUUUAAUUGCAUAUGCAUGCUGGUGGCCGAGGAUGUUUCACUUUUGUACCUUGCACACAGGGGCUCUAAUGAGCUUUAGACUACCACUUGCUUUUAUAUGCUUCCUAUAUGAUCUUUCGUAGGACGAUAAAACCUUGUUCUUCCAUUUGAAUCUUCACAGAUACUGUACACGCACCAUAGACGUAGCAGACAUGUCACCUGAUGCCUUCUCGAAGCUUGUAGGCUUGGGUGUUGCUGAGAGAUUUUAUUAUUAUCCUGGUAUCAGACAGUAGGUCACAUAUCGAUCACUGAUUAUAACAGAGAUUUCACAAUCGUAUCAUUAAAGUAAGCUAAUAUUUUAUACAUAUGGUAAGUAAUGUCAUCUACAGAUACAUUUCGUUAACAUAACACACAUGUUGGCUUUAGUUUGUGUUUCCAACCCAGAAGGGUCUUAUCCUCAACCUGUUGAAGAUGCAAAUGCAACCUGCAUUACCAUGUGCCUGCCAAUUUAGGUCAGAGUAAUCAGGCCAGUGAGGCUUAACUUCUUACUUUUCAGGUCACUCUAGGAGUUGUGUAUUUAUUUAAUUAUUUUUUUGGAGUAAUACUUUUGGGAACAAUUUGCCAAAUGUGAUGUGUAAGCCCACAUGUUCACUGUCUAGCACAUUAAUAACUGGUUGAUGACUAGGGUACACCUAGUUUUAGUUCUUGUUCUCUGUUAAGUGAAGUAUGCCUUGCAUUUUAUUUUAUUUAAUUUUUUUGUAAUUUUGUUGAAACACUUUUUGUAGCUAACUGUAUAUAAUGUGUAUUUACAUGUACUUGUUUUCAUGUUUAAAUAUAUUAUUAUGCUGCAA